UCGUCAGCCAGUCCCAUAUUCAACUUUGUUAGCAAGAGGAAUAGCCGGCUAAAAAGAAAAGACGUGCUUUUAAGGCUUAACAUAUCAUCACUAAAAUAGGUAAAAGAUGUCAGCCUGCCCUCUUAUAGUUAACUUUGAAAUGCAAGUCGAGAGAGGUCAUUCUAAGGCUUAGUGCAUCACCACUUUAUUGGAUAGACCGAAAGAGGCAAAACUAGUCAGCCAACUUCAAAGAUCUCUGCUCUGGCAGCAGAAGAACCAGAACGCAAGGACAUACAAAUGAUAUAAAUAUGCAGAUUCUUCCUUUCUUUUCAUCUAUCUAUCAGCACAAGAAUCAAUCAUUGCUUUCACGCCUUCACUGUUCAUUCCACACCAAUCCUAGCCAUCCACGCUAUAAGAUGUCUCGAUACGCUGCAGCUCACGCUAGCCCGCAAGGACCGGGCGACUCUCGACCAACAGCAUUGCAAGUAGUCAAAGAUGAAGGAAUGGAAGGCAAGCUCGAGGGCAAGGUGAUUGUCAUCACCGGAACCUCCUCCGGUAUUGGUAUUGAAACGGCGCGCGCCCUUUCCGCUACUGGAGCAACGCUCUACCUGACAGCUCGAAAUGUCCCCAAAGCCAAGGCUGCCUUGGCCGACAUUGCUGAAACGGGCCGUACGCAAUUCAUCGAAAUGGACCUAGAAUCCUCCGAAAGCGUACGUGCCGCUGCCAAGACGAUCCUCGCAAAGACCGACAAGGUCAAUAUCCUGAUCAACAACGCCGGAAUCAUGGCAGUGCCAACCCUUGAAUUCACCAAGGAUGGCCACGAGCUGCAGUUUGGCACCAAUCACCUCGCUCAUUUCCUGUUUUUCCAGCUGUUGAAACCAGCGCUCCUGGCGGCCACGACCCCUGGUUUCCAUUCUCGGGUUGUCAAUGUGUCCUCUGCCGCCCAUCGUCGAAACGGCAUCAACGCAUCGGACAAUUACAACUUCGAGAAAGGAGGCUACGACCCCUGGGUGGCAUACGCGCAAUCGAAAACCGCCAACAUCUACAUGGCCAAUGAGAUCGAGCGCCGCUACGGAUCUCUCGGGCUCCAUGCAACGAGCGUUCAUCCUGGUGGAAUUUUAACUGGUCUUUCGAAGCACAUUCCCGAAGCGCAGGUUGCGGGAAUGCUAGAGGAUAAGGCUCUCCUCAAGAGCUUGAAGAGCCCGGAGCAAGGUGCUGCGACGACGUAUAUGGCUGAUUGUGCUGAGGCGGAGCGUGGAAAUGAGGAUGGCAGUAUCGUGGGACCGAGCUAUGUCAGUCAUACCUACGAUGUGGAGAGCGAAGGCAGACUUUGGAGGGACUCCUUGAAAAUGGUGGGAUUGGCGGAAGAUCAGUAGUAGAGCAUGUCUUCACCGACAUCGAAGGCAGUAACGCCUCUUCUUAGGAGAGAGUCCGGUCGGUGGUAUAUUCAUAGCCUAUCGAUAUUGUGGAAUAGUUUCCAACAACAUGAUGCGGUC